AUGACUAAGUCAACCCCAACUCCGUCGCAAACGAAGCCGCAACGCUCUCGAAGACUCGUUGUUUUAGGAACCCUUUCGUUCACAACAGGAGUCAUCAUAAUUGGUUAUGCCAUCUUGGACCUGGUUGGUCUUUCCUUCGGCCACUUUAAGGAUGCUACGUGGAUGUGGUAUUCUGUGAUCGCGCAACAUAUUCCGUUUGGUCUUUUUCUGGGGUAUAUUUGGUAUGUUCUGAUCUGCAAGAAGGGCUGUCAUUGUUUAGAUGAAAAAGAGAAAGAGGGUAAUGGACAUGCCUCGGUUUAA